CUGCUUUGUAUGGCUCUGCAUAGCAUACAAAGCAGUGUGCUUACAGUGGAAAGCACACACACAGCCCCCAUAGUAAAACAGCAUACAGUUACUCCUUUGAUUGCCCCAGAUGUUAACCCCUGCCCAGUGCCAUUAGUACAGUCCAGGGGCGGACUGACAGCUCAUGGGGCCCCCGGGCAAUAGGGGAUCAUAGGGCCCCUAAAUCCUCACCCACACUCAAACCACACCCAAAAAAGCCUAUGAAAGGUACCAGGAGCAUCUCAUGGGGCCCCCUACUGACCCUGGGCCCUCGGGCAGUGCCCGAGUGCUUGAAUGGUCAGUCCGCCCCUGGUAG